AUGCUGGAGGAGAAAAAGGAGAACUCUCCGCUGUCCAAUCAGCAGAGGGUUCCCACGGUGCCCAGCGGACCUGUUAAACGGGCAUUCUCACACUGUGAGUGCAGGACGCAGGACUCAGGAGGCAGGACGGAGGAGGCAGGACGGAGGAGGCAGGACUCAGGGGGCAGGACUCAGGACGGAGGAAGCAGGACUCAGGAGGCAGGACUCAGGAGGCAGGACUCAGGACGGAGGAGGCAGGACUCAGGAGGCAGGACGGAGGAGGCAGGACUCAGGAGGCAGGACUCAGGAGGCAGGACUCAGGGGGCAGGACUCAGGACGGAGGAAGCAGGACUCAGGAGGCAGGACGGAGGAGGCAGGACGGAGGAGGCAGGACUCAGGGGGCAGGACUCAGGACGGAGGAAGCAGGACUCAGGAGGCAGGACUCAGGAGGCAGGACUCAGGACGGAGGAGGCAGGACUCAGGAGGCAGGACGGAGGAGGCAGGACUCAGGAGGCAGGACGGAGGAGGCAGGACUCAGGAGGCAGGACUCAGGAGGCAGGACUCAGGAGGCAGGACUCAGGACGCCGUCCCAACAGGCCGGGUUCCUAA